UACUCGACCGAGCUUUUCGAUAUGCUGGGCCAGCCGACCGACCUGCGCUUCGGGACCCUGCGGUUCUACUCGGCUUCUGUGCCCAGCAUCGACGAGCUCGAGGAGAUUGAUUGUACCGCUGUUGAGAUGGCCCUCAAUUCCUCGUUUUUCAUUGCCGACUCCACCGAAACGCUGCCAUAUCAUUCUUUCCAGAUGCCCGCAGUCCCGUCACUGCGGAAUCGGGGCAUUCUGAGCAGAAAGCCGGCCGACGGUGGUUCAUUCCCAGAUUACGACUCUUGGCUCUUGUUCACAUUCUUCGGAAAUGGAUGUCUGAAGCUCGAGAUACCCAUCGAGAUGUGUGCAGACGUCUAUGGCGGAGCUCUGCGCGGCCGCGAGAACCAAGAGGUGACUUUCUGGGGCGUGUUUGUCGAAGACGAAUUUGUUUCAUGAGCAUGCUUCAGCGAAAGAUUG